AUGAAUCACUGUUGCAUCUCUCGCCGCACAUUGCGGGCUCGCCCAGGGGCCGCGAGUGUUCUCUGUAUCGCGAUUCCCCUGCCGAUUACGAUUCUCCUCUACCUCAUAGCCUUCGUUCGCGUCGCUGACGGUCUCGUCGACUGUUAUAACCUAACGAAUCCAAGUGAACCGUCAAACCUCCUCUCGAACCCAAGCUUUGAUACAAGCUGUCUAGACCUAGGAUGGCGUCGCAAGAAGCUGAACGCGUCGUGCCCACCAUGGCCGUACUUAUUCCCUUGGCGCGCGUUAGAGCCUGGGGAAGCAUUCUUAAGCGACGAGAUCUUAACCACCGCAUAUGGUAGCGGAAAUCACGGAACAUCGCUUGCGCCAGCGGUCCCAACUCUGGCGGAAGCUUUUGCGACAGCAAGCAGGGUAGCGCCGCCUGCUGACGUGUCAAUAGUGAACGGGGUAGCGGGAGUCACGGACAUCCUACUGGCAGCUGACGGGUCCCGUUUUUUACGUCUGACAUCUGAUAUUUCCGUGUCGUCUAGUGGCGACGGCGCUUCCGGUACUAGUAGCAAUGGUAGUGGUAACAAUAGUAGCAGCAGCGGCCCAGGCGUGUCGCAAGCGCUGUGCGAACUCAAACCCGCGGCGCCCACGAGCAACGUGUCGCAGCAGCAGCAGUCCCCGCGCCAGCUGUCCCUCUCGUUCUUUGCGCGCCCCAGCCUGUGCGCGGAGGGGGAAGGGGGCGCGGAAGGGGAGGCGGAGCGGCUGUUGAAGGUGCUGCUGCUGGCAGUUCCGCUGAACGCUUCUGCUGCCGCCGCGGCAGGGGGAGGGGCAGAGGGGGGAGGAGCGGGGGAGCAGGUGUGGGGGGAGUGGCGGGUGGGCGUGCCGUGUGGGGGGAGCAGCGCGAGUUUGUCCGGCGCCUUGCCCUGGUUCCAAGUGGGGCCCCUCCUCUUCCCCCUCCCUGACCCCCCCGAUUCCUCCGCCUCUUCUUCCUCCGCCUCUUCGCCUUCCUUAGCAACAACAGGAGUAGGUGCAGAAGCGGCGGCGAAUGCGACGAUAGUAGAGAGAGUGGGCGUGGCGUCGGAAACUUUUGACUCGACUCAAAAGGCAGCAAUGGGGGAAAAUGUGAAGAUGGUGAAGAGUGAGGGCGUGACGUCGGAAGCGGGGAGCACUUCUAUCGACCUUGUGUCUGUCAUGCCCACUAGCACCGACCCCUCUCCUCUCAAGUCGUUCUCCCACUGGCCUCUCUCCAGCGCCCACCCGCUCCUCACAGCCGGCUCAGCUCGCCGCAACCGCUCCUCGCUCUCCCUCACUACGCUCUCCGACCUGAAUGCCGCAUCCCUCGCGCUGCACCCCGCCCCCUUCGCCCUGCUCGCCCCUGCCACGCCCACCUCCCCCUGCCGCCCCUUCUCCUUCUCCACCUCAUUCACCUUCCGCAUCUCCUCCCCCAACGCCGCGGGGCUGGGCGGCGAGGGCUUGGCGUUUGUGAUGCUGCCGACGCCCACGCUCGGGCUGCCGGGGCCGUCCCUGGGCUACGGGCGCCUGCUGCUGCCCCCGGGGAGCACGACUGCUGCAGCUGCUGCUGCUGAUGGUUCCAGUGUCAGCGGUGCAGCUGUGUCAUCUCAGCAUAGGAGUCUGGCAGUGGAGUUUGACACAUGCGCCUCCCCCGAGUUCUGGGACCGGCAGGAGCACCACGUGGGGGUGAACCUGCACGGCAGCAUGCUCUCUCUCGCCUCUGCCCCCGUGCACCCCGUCGGCAUCGCCUCCCUCAACGCUGGUCAGACCCUCCUCGCCACCAUCCAAUACAACGCCUCCUCCUCCCAGCUCUCCGUUUGGCUCUCCCCAGCCCCACCCUCCUCCGCUCCCCGCUCGUCCCCUCGCCCCACCCCUUGCUUCCCUCGCUUCCCUGGUUUCCCUCUGUUGCCUCGCUGCUCCUCCUCCUCCUCCUCCUCCUCCUCCUCCUCCUCCUCCUCCUCCUCCUCCUCCUCCUCCUCCUCCUCCUCCUCCUCCUCCCCCUUCUCCCCUCCUCUCCCCCGCUCUGCCGUCCUCACCACGUUCCUGGACACCUGCGAGUGGCUCGGGGGGAACGACCCGGAAGCAGCAGCAGCAGCGCCGCCCCCGGCGCUGUUUGUGGGCUUCACAGCGGCUACUGGCAAGGGGGUGGAGCAGGCGCAGGCGCACGAGGUGCUGGGGUGGAGUUUCCAAGUCGGGGAAGCGGAGGAUCCGCUUUCGUUUUGGGCGGCAGACUCAUUCUCCUUCCCCUACAUCACGCCAGCCACUCCCCUGCUGACACGUGGCAGCACAAGGAAGCGUUUCUUCGCCGCCGACCUCUCAGUCGCUGCUGACGUGGCAGCCACCAGCCAAUCAGACGAUCCCGCCCCUGGAGCCAUCUUCUUCCCUCGCCGUCUCCCCCUCCUCUACUCCUCCUCCUCCCCUCCCUUCCCUCCUCCUCCCUUUCCUCGUCCUCGCAGCUCCCCCCUCUCCUCUCCUUCCUCCUCCCUUUCCCAACCCUCAGCCACCGAACCUCUCACCGAACCUCCCGCCUGCAUGGCCCGCUCUUUCACCUUCACAUACGGCUUCUCCAUUAAUGUAUCCGCGUCUCAAGGUCUCGCAUUCGUUAUAAGCACGCAUGCGAGUGUGGGCCUAGGCGGGGCAUAUAUGGGGUACGGCCGCGACCCGUCCUCGCGUCUUGCUAAUGGCAGCUGGCCGGACGGCGCGCGGAGUGUAGCUGUGGAAUGGCGCACUGUAACAAACCCAGAAGGCAAUAGAAAUGGUGUAAAGGUCGGGGUGACCACUGAUUUCAACAUGACAUCGGUUUUUGCAAAGGAAUCGCCUUAUGUGAUGGAGCCCGAGGAGGUGUGGCAGAUGAGGGUUGACUAUAACGGGAGCAGCAAGGAGAUGGCGCUGAGCUGGUACCGGCCCCCUUUUCUACGAGGCAUCAUGAGGGUCACUAUAGACCUGUGUGCUGCUCUCAGUGGGGCCUCUGACAGCAGCGGAAGCAGCAGCAGCAGCAGCAGUGGCAGCAGCAGCGGUGUGACGGACCCAGCAUCGCCAUCCUUCGGGCAGCUGUUCGUGGGGUUCACCAGCGCUGCUCUCCCUCCCCCCCCUGGCCGCCUGCCUUCCCCCGUCACUCUCUUCUCCUGGACCUUCAGAUUCACAGACACCGACCCUUGCACGGGUUCUCCAGUGCUGCCCUGUGGAACCGGUGUGUGCACCAAGGCGCCUGCCCCAUGGGACCCCUCUAUCCUCGUGCCCUCCUGCAAGUGCCCCUUCAAUCUCCCCUCCUUCGAGCCCUCGCACCUCUCCGGCCUUCCCUCCUGCUUCCCCGAUUCCUUCAGGUGCCGCCAUUUCAUUCGCAACCCGUGUGCCCCGGGGGUGUGCAUUGAUGACAUAGACGGCACCUACUCCUGCCUCUGCCCCUCGCCCUUCUUCGCGUUCUACUUCUAUUCGAAAGGCACUGCCCGCUGUAACCAGUUGCGAUUGUUUGAGCUGCGAAUGCCCUCCUUCCUGUCUCCCUACGGCCUCACAUGCCCUCUCAUCCUCAACACUUACGGACUCACCCAAGCGGCCUUCUUCCGCCAAAAUAAGGUCCUUCUUCGGCUUCUUCAGACAGAACAAGGACGUAAAGGCUUUAGUCUGGCUGUAAAGGGCUUCCAGUGCCGAGCGCCCAUCCCUGUGGAGACUCUAAUCAACAUCACCAGCCGGGCUUACUCCCAAUGCACCUCUAUGUACACUGCUAACUAUGGUGACUCGUGUGACUCCAUCAACGCCCUCUUCUCCACGCGCAUUCAGUCGCUCAACCCCGCCCUCAGCUGCUCUGAUGGGCCCCGACCCGGCCAGUGGCCACUUACAUUCUUUUGUAUUCACACAUUCUUCUCCCCCCUCCUCCCUCUCUCCCCUCUCUCCCCCUUCUCUGCCUCUUUCCCCCUCCUCUCCCCCCUCUCUCCCCCCUCUCUCCCUGCUCUCUCCCUUCCUCCUCCCUCCUGCCUCCUCUCUCCUUCCUCCUCCUCUCACCCCCCUCCUCCUCUCUCCCUCCUCCUCUCAAUUCCCUCCUCCCCCCUCCUCCCUCCCUCCCUCCCUCCCACCCUCCCUCCCUCCCUCCCUCCCACCCUCCCUCCCUCCCUCCCUCCCUCCCUCCCUCCCUCCCUCCCUCCCUCCCUCCCUCCCUCCCUCCCUCCCUCCCUCCCUCCCUCCCACCCUCCCUCCCUCCCUCCCUCCCUCCCUCCCUCCCUCCCCGCCUCCCUCCCUUCUUCACAGCUCCUCUGUGUGGACUUCAACCGGACGUGGAUAGAGUUGGAAAAGACCCGCGUGGCAUGCCAAGUCGCUGUCCAACUCACCCCAGCCCCACCGCCUCCGAGCCCUCAGCCACCCCCUCCUCUAGCUGACUACAUGAACCAAGGCGUGCUCGUGAAGGUGCUGCAGGGGCCGCAGUCCUGCCAGCAGCUGUGGCAGACGUUCGGCGUCUCCUCCCCCACGCGCUUCUUUCAAAUGAACCCCGGGCUGUCUGUGGGGGAUGUGAGUGUGGGUGGGGUAAGUGUGGGUGGUGUAAGUGUGGGUGGUGUGAGUGUGGAGGAUGUGAGUGUGGGGGAUGUGAGUGUGGGUGGUGUGAGUGUGUGGGAUGUGAGUGUAGGUGGUGUGAGUGUGGGGGAUGUGAGUGUGGGUGGUGUGAGUGUGAGGGAUGCGAGUGUGGGUGGUGUGAGUGUGGAGGAUGCGAGUGUGGGUGGUGUGAGUGUGAGGGAUGCGAGUGUGGGUGGUGUGAGUGGGGGAUGUGAGUUUGGGUGA